AUGGCAAGGGAAACUGACGAUCUCAGGGCCGGAGCCCUCGGCAGGACCCUUGGGGCCCGGCUGAUUCUUCACCUUCACCUGGGCCAGGCUGGUACCCAGCUCGGUAACUCGUCCUGGGAGCUCUAUCUCCUCGAGCACGGCCUUGGGCCCGACGGCAGGCCCGACCCCAACGCCAAGGACAUUCCUGAGGGAGGCUCAUACGACACUUUCUUUACUGAAACCAGCAGUGGCAAAUAUGUUCCCCGAACCAUCUUCUUCGAUCUUGACCCUUCUCCCAUUGACGAGAUCCGGACCGGAGAAUAUCGUUCCCUCUACCACCCCGAAUACUUGCUGAACGGCAAGGAAGAUGCCGCCAACAACUAUGCCCGUGGUCACUACACGGUUGGUAAAGAGGAGAUCAACAGCGUCAUGGACCGCAUCCGACGUGUUCUUGACAACUGCCAGUCUCUCCAGGGAUUCUUGAUCUUCCAUUCCUUCGGAGGUGGUACCGGCUCGGGUUUCGGUGCCCUCCUUUUGGAGCGUUUGGCCAACGACUAUGGCAAGAAGUGCAAGCUCGAGUUCGCUGUUUACCCCGCCCCUAGGGUCUCUACCGCAAUUGUCGAGCCCUACAACGCCGUUCUGUCGACUCACAGCACUAUUGAGAACGCCGACUGCACGUUCUUAGUCGAUAAUGAGGCUGUCUACGACAUCUGCCGGCGCAAUCUCGACAUCGCUAGGCCCUCGUAUGAGCACCUUAACCGCCUGAUCGCUCAGGUCGUCAGCUCCAUCACCUCUUCGCUGAGGUUCGAUGGUGCCCUCAACGUCGACCUGAACGAGUUCCAGACCAACCUCGUCCCGUACCCGCGCAUCCACUACCCUCUCAUCAGCUACGCUCCCGUCGUAUCCGCUUCCAAGAGUGCUCACGAAAGCUUCAAGGUCCAUGACCUCACAUUCCAGUGCUUCGAACCCAACAACCAGAUGGUUGUAUGCGACCCGCGCAACGGAAAGUACAUGGCUGUCUGCCUCCUCUACCGCGGCGACGUAGUCCCUCGCGAGUGCAACUCCGCUAUUGCCGCCCUCAAGGCCAAGGCCUCCUUCAACCUCGUCGAGUGGUGCCCCACCGGCUUCAAGAUCGGUAUCAACUACCAGAAGCCCAUGGCCGUCCCCACCGCGUCUCCCGCUGACGGCGGCCUCGCAUCCGUCGACCGCUCCGUCUCCAUGCUCUCCAACACCACCGCCAUUGCGGAAGCUUGGUCGCGUCUGGACUACAAGUUCGAUCUCAUGUAUAGCAAGCGCGCCUUUGUCCACUGGUACGUUGGCGAGGGUAUGGAAGAAGGCGAAUUCAGCGAGGCCCGGGAGGACCUUGCCGCGCUCGAGAAGGAUUACGAGGAGGUCGCUGGCGAGGGCGAGGGCUUCGAAGGCGAUGAACUAGAGUACGAGCAUUAA